ACCCACUGGAUUCAAUUUAGUUGAUUUCACGGAGCGACCAUGAACAGAACCAAAAUUUUACAACUGUUCAUACUUGUCGUUCUUGCUUGCAUUGUCCAGGUGUCUGCAAGACAGAACACUGGUAGACUGUUGGAACCCAUUUCUGCAUGUCCCGUAUAUCUAACCAUCUCGUCAAAAGGCAAAAGCUUAGAAGAAUCACCGAUUAUUGUAAAUUGGGGUCCGUCCUGCAAAAAUCCACCGAAAUGGAUCGGACUUUUUGACAAAGAUCCAUCCACUAAUGGCGAUGAAGCAAGGACGUAUAUUGUAACGAAUAGCACUCAGAAAGGAGUAUAUGAGACGAACGUGACCGUUGGCCAAUUAACACUACCAGAAGGAUGGAAUCGAAACGAUUUUUUAAGCGAGCCACCCAAACGCGUUAACGGCGGACAAUGUUUGUCGUUUUUUGUAGCAUCGUACGACGAAACUUCGUUGAAAUCGUUGGAUUGUUUGAAAAUUCAACCGACCUGGAUGAGCGAGAUAAGUCAUUUGAAAGAAGUGCCGCUCAAAAAUUUAUUCAUACCCGGUACUCACUGUUCGGGAUGUUACUAUAAAAAGUCGAAUGGACCAAAUGUUUUGGUAGAAAAGUUCGGAUUAACACAAAAUUUUGAUGUGUGGACUCAAUUAGUCCUCGGGAUAAGAUAUUUGGACAUAAGUGUUGGAUAUAAUGACGACGUCGAUGAACCAGUGAAAUUUUGGGCUGUGAACGAGAAUUUAUUUAUUACGCCAAUAUCAGUAAUCAUUGGAGAUAUAAGACGAUUCAUUUCACUGGCCAAUCAAAUUGUAAUAAUUGAUUUCAAUGCAUUUCCAAUCGGAUUUAAUCGAGAUCGUCAUCUCCAAUUCUUGAAAUACUUGGAAAGUGAAUUUAAACACAUUGCAUAUCCCAACGACCAUGUAUCACAUUCAUACGAUUUAACGAUCACUGACAUGGAAUCACGAGGGAGAUUGUUGAUAAUAUACAAUCAACCGGAUAUGGAAAAAGAAACCAACAUCAUUUGGCCGUCGUGGAAACGAUUUUCAACCAAAGAUUUGAGAACAACGGAAAUGAAAGAGUAUAUGAGGAAAGUGUUUUCGAUGAAGUAUAAUGGAAGUGCAAGCGAUCAUAUUGGCUGGUCAUUUUUUGGGAGACAGGGAGUGGAAAGCUCAUAUAUAUCGGGCAGCUCUCUCUUAACCACUCGAGAACGUGCUUACCGUAUCAAUCAUGAUUUGUCAGUUUGGUUGGGGGGAAUAUGGAGCCUUUCCGCUAAUGUUGUCGCUCUGGACUACUUUUACAGCACGAAUUUGAUUGAUAUGGCAAUACAUAUAAAUCGACAUAAGGCGUCUCAGUUCACCGAUUUAGUGUUUUUUGAUAUGGAUGUUAAGUGAGUUAGCUUAUUAUUGUCUUUGUAUUAGGUAAUAUUUAUGAUAUAAAUAGCAAUUAGAAAAAAUGUGUAAAUUAUCUUAACCAUCUGCAAUGAACAAAGUAAACAUAUAAAACA